AUGGCGAUUUUGAUCCUUAAGCAAUCUCUAAUCAUACUCCUAAUCGUAUUUUCAUCACCCAUCUUGCGUUCUCAGGCUAGAAUCCUCCGUGUAGACCGCACCGCAACCAAUACUGUGGGGAAUAUGGAUAGUCAGAUUCUCCUACGUGAACUCGGGUUUGAUCUCUCCAAGUUCAACGGUCACAACGAGAGGCGGUUUUUAGUGGAUUCCGACAGGGUUUCACCGGGAGGACCUGACCCGCAACACCAUUGA